UCGACGCGCACAUACGCUCCUACAAUAGCAAAAUUCACCACCACAAUUUCAUUCCAACUCUCACACAUAUUCAUUACCCUGCGCACCAUUUUCAUUUUCCCACUGUCAAAUCAAAAUUACUACGGACGAAAGAGAAACGACGACGACGAUGAAGACGAUGGAGCAAAAGGCAAGAAAUUGAAAUUUUGAAGCGCGUACGAGCGAAAAUUUGUGAAAAAAUUGUGGAAAAACGUGUUUUAGCUACUCGAAAAUAUGUAAUUAUAAUCAUACAAAGUGAAAUUUUCGUUAUGAAUAAUUGGAUGUAGUUUGUGAAGUGAAUAUUUCGCAAAUUUAAAAGGUUUGAUUUCAUUUCGCUGUCGUCGUCGCAGUCGCUGCCGUUGUUCAAAGCUGCAGCGAGGACGUCGCGCCCGUCAUCAACAUUGAUAUACAGAGUGGAACCCGAGACAAGAAGAAGCCGCUGCUGGUAGUUUUUGUAUUAUCGUAGCCGACGUAGGCCAUUGUAUGUGCGGCGCGAAUGGACGAAUGGUGUGUGUAUGCGUGCGUGUGCCACAGAAGUGGCAGUGGCAAAACGCGCAGAAAUUGUGAAUUGUGAAUAGAAAAUUAUUGAAAUUUACAAAAUCCAGUGAGAAGUACACAAGCUACAAAUAUUAAGAAAAAAUCAUAACCGGAUAAGUAAAUUAUUGUGUUUCUGGUUAUGUUAUGAAAGAAUUUGUUAAUAAUUAAAAUUAGAAAUACAAGACGAGUUAUGGGGAAUUUGUAAUAAAAAUUUUUGGUGGAUGUGGAAGGAAGAAACUAAUAAAAACGUAAAACAACGACAAGUGAAGCAGAAUAGUAGAAAUAGUAACAUUUUAUUUUCUACUUCACGUCAAAAGAUUCGUAAGAGCGAAAGAGAUGAAUAGCGGAUACCAUUUGACAGCAAGAAUUGAACAUAAAUCAUAAAAAAUAGAAAUGUUGUAAAGGAGAAACGUGGACGAAGUGAAUAACGAAAAGAAAUUAAAUAAAAGAGGAGUGCAGUGAAGUGUAAGAGUGGGAGAAGUGGAACAAACGGAAUUGUGAAAGAAAACAUAAUAACUAUUCCAAAUGCAGGAAGCGUCAACAAAAUGGAUAAUAAAACAAUACAAUUGGAUUUCAAAUUACUGGUAGGGCAGUCGCUAAAUCUGCUCGACAGUCUCGAUGCAGCAUCACAGUGCGAUGCUCUGCACUAUCUUCUACGUACGUUGAAAUGUAGAUAUCCCGAAGCUUGUGAACGUGUAACGAGAUCCCUUUUCCCGCAUAUCACCGAUGAAUUUGCCAGCUCGACUAAAACGGCAAACAAGAAACAGUUGCAGCUGUUGCUCACUGCCAAAAAGGAAGAGAUUAAAACGGAGGAUGAGGGCUCCACAGAUCUGAAUCAAAAUUUCGAGAAGAUUCUGUGUAAGGAGGAGAUAACGUGUCUCGACGAGGACGAUGAGGAUGUGGAUGGAGAUGGAGAUGGUGAUGGUGAUGGUGAUGGGGAUGGUGAUGUGCACAUGGACGUCGAUGCCGAUGCAGAUGCGGAAAAUUCGUCUUCCACUAGUAGACGACUAAAAUGUAAUAACAGUAAUCGUGCACUUAAACAAGAUCCGCUCGAUCUGAUACCAUCGUCCAUCAUCAACACCAGAAACCCGAUAAAAACAAACUGCCGUGGCUCCUUGCAGCAAGCAAACGCGCGCGAUAGAGCGAUAGGCACCAGUGUAAGUCUAAUUGGUGAAGACAGCAAUAACAGUUGGAAUGUCUUGUCGAGUUGUGACGAGCAAGUGCGAAGUUUGUCACGUCACCACAACAAAAACAAUAAACUCAACCAUUAUUCGAAAUUGCUUAGCGAUAAUUGUUUGUCCAGUACUGGCGUGCAGAGUAUUCGAGCCACAAAUGUUAAGGAUGAAUACUGCUUCAACGGUGAAAAUGAAUGGACCAUCCGUUACCAUCACAGUACGGGCGAAUUCAAUGUGCGGGCUUACAAACAGCUAUUUCGUUUUCGUCUACAUGCGGCAUUAACUGAAGAGCAUAUGCCUUUUUUAAGAAAAUUCUAUAAGAAAUUCAUUCGAUCUGGCCAGCUAUUGGGCACAUGUCCGCCUUCACAUGUUUUAGAAAAGUUGCGCAAACAACGUUUGGAUGAAUGGCAACAGUUGCGCUUGCGCAAAUUGGCAGUGGCUGCUGCUGCAUCGCAAAGGCGUCAACUUUUACCUGCCAUCUCAUUUGACUCUGACCUGGAGUCGGAGUCUGAGUCGCAAAUGUCGUCUACGGUAGCAACGCAAGAGAUGUUGAAAUUCGAGGAGAUCCUUGAUGAGGAUGUGGGCGUUUGUCAUCUGGUUCGUGGCAUGGAAGAGGGCUCUGAUAUCGAAGAUGCGUUGGGCGGCAGUAGCGCCAGCGGUAGUGGCCAUAGUAAUAGCAGCAAUGGCGGCGCCAAUACAGACCUGCAAGCUUUGGUCGCCGCGACGCCUGAAAGUGUUUCUGCCAUGGCAGCGAUAGCGGCACCGACGCUUAAUGCGGAAGCCGAUGUGUUAGUCGAAGGUGAAGGUACGGCAAGUGAAUGCUUGAACAGUAUCAGUAAACCUCUGCAACAACAAGGAAACAGCAACCUUGUGAUAAAUGGCCUUACAGCAAGCAAUAAUAUAAAUAAUCUUAGCAAAGGCAGUCAGCAAUUGGCGAAUAUUGUUGGUGAUCUUCCGAGUUUGGCUCCCAAGGAGCUGCAGCCGCAAGCGGAAACGCUGCACGACAUUAACGCACAGAGCGAACAGCAAAGUAGUACUUUGCCAUCACAACAACAUCAGCAACAACAAAACUUUUCGAAGCAAUAUCUACAAGCCCGCAGCGAACAGCAGGUGAAUUCGCCACCAUUUGCUGCACUUAACGACGAUGAGUCCCGGAAAAAUGAGCCAGAGACAGCCACGGUGGGCGUUGGCAUCAGCGGCAGCCUGAACGCCAAAGUUGGAGCUAUGCUUUUACCAGGACUGAAUAAUUGCAGUAACAGUGGUGGCAGCAGUGUGGGUGGUUCCAGUGGGGAUUCCGCGUUGUUGAAUAGAACGCCUGAGAACUUCAAUAACAGUGUGCUGAAUGCGAAUCAGCCACAUUUUCUGGCAAUUCAGCAACAGCAGCACUACCACCACCAACAACAACAACAACAGGAGCAACAGAGGCUAAUAAUGCAAAAUCAAAAGCUAGACAACACUUCACAGCCGCAGCGGGGCCUGCAACAACAAGCACAUCCCCUAACGUUGUUGGGAGGCAUGGCUGAGAACGCACAACAUCAAUUGCAGCAACAACAGCAGCAGCAACAGUUGCAGGAACAAUUGCAGCUGCAACAACAACGCAUGCAGCAACAAAGGCCAGCGUUUAUAAACAGUAUUGACAAUAUACUCGAGAGUGGUGGCAUGUCCGCCAUGAUGCAACAAAAGCAAAACCAGCAGCACUUUAAUUCGGAGCUGCUGUCGCACUCGUCACCCACACUGCAGGAGCAGCGACAACAGCAGUCUCCGGUAGCGGCGCAUGCGCAAAUGCAACAACAACACCAACAACAGCAGCAGCUUCAGCAUCAACAGCGCCAACAAUUGCAGCACGCGCUGCCAAUGUUACAUAUGAACCAACAACAUGCAGAUGCGCUGCAGCAACACCAGCAACAGCUAAAUUUGCAACAACAGCAACAACAACUGCAACAACACGCCGACACGUCUUCCGCUUGCACGGCACCAACACCAGCUACAGCAUCUUCGGCACCAACCAUGGCGAAUAUGCUCUCCAUAUGUGCAACGCCGAGCAGCAACGCAAUGAGCGGCAUUUCGACAUCCGCCUCAACCUCAGGUUCAAUUUCCUCCGCUUCCUUGAACAUAUCUUUAGGCCUGGACGAUAAUGAUUUAUCACACGAUGAAGACGAUGAUUUGGACGAACAUGAUUUGGAUGAUAUGGAAUCAAAGCAGCAGCUAAUUGAUGGUGGUAGUAGCAGCAGUACUUCGCUUCAAGCACCGCCGGGUGGUGUUGGAGGAGGCGGCGGUGCAGGUACUGGUGUAAAGAAGGCGAAACCCAGUUAUCAAUGCCUGCAGUGCCCGAAGUCAUAUCGAAAACGCAAAUCAUUGCUGGACCAUUAUAAAAUACAUCCGGGCUUUUGUCAUGAUUGUGGCCAACCGAAUGGUACAUCAUUAGAGGAAAUAAUUCACCAUAAUCGGACAGUGCAUGCGAAGGAAUUCCCAUUUGUCUGUGACACCUGUGGCGAGUCCUAUUCGCGUCGCCAACAAUUCCACGCCCAUGUUGAAUCUCACAGCAAGAAAGAAUUCAAAAGUGAGUGUGAGUCAUAUUCGUGUGUAGAAUGUGGACAAAAGUUUCCGCACAAGAAAUUGCAUCAACAGCACUUGGACACCACAGGCCACAAGGCAGACGGUGCUAUUUGUGAGGUUUGCGGUGCUGACUUCCCCUCGAAGAAUGCGCUGUACCAGCAUAUAAUACGCGUCCAUAAGAAAGACAACUUUUUCGAGUGCCACAUUUGUCAGAAUCGUUUUACUUUAAAAGCGAAUUUAGAACGUCACGUGCAGUUGCAUACGGAAGUGAAACGUACAUAUGUUUGUGAUAUUUGUGGCUCAUCAUAUUUUACAUAUCCGGCACUGAAAGAUCACUACAGCAAUGCACAUACCGACGCGUCCGAGUGUAAGUGUACUUUGUGUGGUAAACGUUUCGGCUCUGUAAAAUCACUUCAACGGCACUUGCCAUCACAUUCGGAGGAACGGCCACACUGCUGCUGUUACUGUGAUCAGACCUUCAAGUGGAAAACGCAUUUGGUGCGUCACAAACAAACCGUUCACGGUAAUCAGCCAUCGCCGAAGAAAGUGAAACGUUUCGCCAAGGAUGAUGAAAUGCUCCCGACCGCAGAUAUGCCAGGACCUCCACCCGCGAAAGUUGCGAAAAAAUCAAAUUCGAGUAAACCAAAGCAGCAGACGCAGCAACAGCAGCAGCAGAACCCACAACAGCAGCAGCUUCAAAGAAGCGUGAGUAACGUUUCUACGCCACCGCCGCUUUCCACGACGCCAGGCUCAUCACAGCAGGAUCCAUUCAAUGCAUCGAUGAUCAGCAACAGUAGCUCUCAAUCUUCAACAGCUUCUGCAUCGGCGUCGCAGCAUUCGCUAUCAACUAAUGAAUCUCAGCAGAAUUCCAUGUAUACUCAAAGCUUUAACGCCGAUAAAUUGAUGGGAAUUCAAGCUCAGCAGCAGCAACCACAACAACAACAGCAGCCACCGCAACAGCAGCAACAACCACAACAACAGCCGCCGCCGCAACCGCAGCCGCAACGACCACAACAAAUACUGACACCAACAUCCGUGCAUCACGCACAACAACAGCAAUUGCAGCAACAGUUACAACAACAACGGCCGACGCCACCACCAGCCCAACAACAACAGCAACAGCUGCAACGCCGCACACCUAAUACACCAGACAGCGUUGGCAAUAGUGGCAAUCCUGUUAUCGGCGUAGGUGGCAAUACCAAUGUAGCAGGCAAUAAUAUCAUGUCACGACUGAAUAAUUUUGGUCCAACGAGCGCAGCUGGAGUCGGUAGCAUGCCUGGUGGACCAGAAUUCCAUUUUGACCCUAAUCAUGGUGUGUCUGGCGGCCAAAGCAACGCGAGUGCUUACCAGCAGCAUCAGUUGAUCAAUCAAUACCAGCAGCAGCACCAUCAACAGCAGCAGGCUGCGUCCUCUGCAGCUGCGGUUCAACAACAGCAGCAGCAACAGCAACAGCAGCAUUUGCGCAGCCAUACACCGCAAAGCCCGCACCAACCACAUCCCCAGCAACAACAACAGCCGCAACAUUUCACGUCGCCGCACCAUAUGCCAGCAAGCCAACAGCAGUUGCACCAUCAACAAAUGCUCCAUCAUCAGCACCAAAUGCAACAGCAACAGCAACAGCAGCAGCAGCAACAGCAACAUCGUCACAAUCAGCAGCGUUCGCCACUCCAUCACGCAACACCCACUCAACAAUUGCAACAACAACAUCACCAACCAUCACAUUCACCGCAACGCGGACGUUUGCAGUCGCCACAGCCGCAGCAGUCACCGCUGCAGCACCAACAGCAGCAACACCAGCAAUUGCAACAACAACAGUAUGCACUGCAACAGCAAUCGAAUGAGCCACCUUGGGCAAAUCUCGGUUUCGGUGCCAAUUCAAUUGGUGGUGUUAACGCGCACCAACCACAAGCACAGCAACAACAGCAGUCACAACAACAACAGCAACAGCAGUCACAACAACAACAGCAACAGCAGCAACAAGGUGUUGUUGGCACACCCAGCGGUGGUGAACUGAAAGACAACGCCAAAUACUAUAUUGUUGACACACCCGAUUUUCUGGGGCUUCCAAUGAAUGUCGGCUCUAACGGCGGUCCAUCGGGUAACACAACGCCGAAUUCACUAACUCAGCAACAGCAACAGCAGCAGCAGCAGCAACAACAACAACAGCAAGCGGCAGUUGGACCGAGUGGUGGCGUCAGCAACAAACAACCGGAAUCGACAAUUGGCGGUGAACUAAUCAGCUUUCAGAAUAUGUGGCCAUCUGGUGGAUCUGCCGCCACACAAAUGAUGUUCGGCAGUGGGGCACCGCAGCAGCAACAACAACAGCAGCAGCAGCAUCAGCACGUGCAACAACAGCAAACGCAGAAUAAUGCACAAGCGGGACAGAGCAGCGCCGUAGGUGUUGGUGGUGUUGGUGUGAAUGUUGGGGGAGCAGAUCCGCACAACUACAACAAUAUUGGCAGCAUACUGACGAAUCUCAUUGAUACGAACCCAGCUUCAAUGGAAUAUAACUUUGAUUUAAUGCAACCAGGUGCCACACAAAUGGGCGUAUCUCAAUCGCAAUCUCAACCACAGCAGCAGCAACCACAACCACAACAACAUCAACAAAAUUCUCUUUCAGCUCUUCAGCAGCAACAGCAACAAGCCCAACCACAGCAUCCGCACUCCGUUCUACACCAUCAGUCGCAUCCACAUCAGCAUCACAGCGCCGCAGCCGCUGCAGCGGCUGGAGGUUAUAGUACGGCUGGUCUAAUGCGACACCCCGGCUUAUAUGGCUCUCCAAGUGGCGCCUCUUUAUACGAAACUAAUGCAGCUGCUGCUGCUGCAGCUGCUCAUCAUCACCACCAUCUGCCUUCCCAUCAUCCCAGUUUAGCGGAUAUAACUGAGCAACAGCAAAAGAACAGUUUCCAACCCUAUCAUCCACAUGCGGCAUCACAUACACUAAGCGGACACCAUCCACUCGCGCCAACCGCGCAUCAUCCCCUCGCUCCACACCUCCUGCCGCCACCACCACAUGCAAGCAUCUAUGAUCGUGGCGUUGGUGGUGGGUAUCCUACGAUGUUAUUGGGCAGUAGUGGCGGCAGUGGCGGUGACGAACAGAAAACUGUUCUACCACCAAUCAGUGAUUAUAUGCAUCACAUACAACAACAACAAUUACAAUCACAACACCCGCAACAAUCUGACCUAGUCUACUACCCAGUAAAGAAUGAUUGACAUCUGAAGUAGGGCGUGG